CCACGUCACGCGCCAAGACUCUACUAUAAAUAAGAACCCUGAAAACCUCUCAAGUUUCUUCUCCCCAUUAUCAAUCAAUCCGAGAAAAAACAAACGGUUACAAGGCAGAAGAAUGAACAACAAGGCAAUCUUCCCUCUUCUACUGUCUCUCCACCUCCUCCUCUCUCUCCACGCGUCUUCGGCGGCGCGUGUCGGUGGCUGGAGUCCCAUCAGCGACGUUAAGGACCCUCAUGUCGUAGAGGUCGGCGAGUUCGCGGUCUCCGAGUACAACAAACAGAGCAAAUCGGGACUCAAGUUCGUGGAGGUUGUUCGCGGCGAGUCUCAGGUCGUCUCCGGCAUGAAUUACCGGCUUGUGGUGGCGGUGAAUGAUGGCAAAGGCAUAGCCGGCUCCGACGCUAGCGAGAACUACGAGGCGGUUGUAUGGGAGAAGCCGUGGCUCAAAUCAAUGAAUCUCACUUCCUUUAAGCCCGCCCAGUAGUGGUCGUUUUCCUCUGAGUUUUUCAUGUAAUCGAUCUAAUAAAAAAAAAAAUGAAAAAAAAAAACAAACAAGAAAACAAAUGGAACUAAAGUCCUCAGUUUCGGUAUUAUCUGGUUUUUAAAUUUCAUGUUGUUGGGAUAAAUCUAAAUAUUUAUGAAGCAGAUGUGAAUUGGUUA